AUGUCGUCUUCCUUGGAGCCUAAACAGCUUGUCCUUGCAAAAAUCAAAGGGUUUCCUGAUUGGCCCGCCAUUGUGGUGCCUGCCGAUCAAAUACCAGCCAAAUUGAAAACCUCCAAAAACGCCAAAUUCUUGGACAACUACCUCCACAACGACCACGUUUGCGUCAAGUUCUAUUAUGAUGACCAAUACUCUUGGACAAACUUUGCCAGUACCAAGCCUUUGAAUGACCAAAUAAUCGAUGACUACUUGAUAAGCGUUGGUGAAUUGAACGGAGGUGACGAUCCUGCUUCUGUUCCAUCCACAGGCAAAAGAGGCGGACGUAAGAAGAGAAUCACGGAAGCCUAUUUGAAGGUCAAACAGGUGCCUGUCGAUGAGUUUCUCGAAUGGGGCAGUUGGGGCAAGCCUGUCGUGCCGGAUCUAGAAUCUGAGUUGGAGGCAGAAGAAAUCACGCCCGAGUACGAAGCACCUGGUGAAUCCAAACCAGUCAAUAGAAAGAAAAGGGCUGCUGCUUCGGCCAAAUCUGAACAGUCAAAGAAGAAGCAAAAGGCCACUAAAAAGUCCACCUCUACUACCACUUCCAAGCUGGUCCAAAAGGGAGGCAAAAAGGUAGGGAAGUCAAGAAGAGGAGCCAAGGAUGAAUCUGAAACACCAGAUUCUGUCGCCUUUGACGAGGAAGAAUUCAUCAUCAACGACGAGGCCGAGGGCGAUGAUGACUACAUAAGCAGUCUUGAUGAUAGUGUUUCAGUUGAAGAUGACGACGAAGAUGCAGAUGAUGCAGAUGACUUUGCAGACGAGGACGAGAAUGUGGACGAUGCUGAGGACAGCGGAGAGUUGUUAGACGAUGAAGAGGCUGGAGAAGUGGAUAAUGCACAAUUAGAAGACGAAGAAGGAGAAGAGGUGUGGGGACUCGAUACGAGUAAGGCAAAAGACUUGAAUGUCAAGUUCAACGAAAUACCUCCUGCUUCUGCAUUGGCUGUAGAAGUGGCUGAAAUGACAGCCUGGUGCCGUGAGCUUAGAGCCGAGCUCCAGAAAUUGAUCUUCCCUCUUAAAAAACAGAAACAAGGCGAAAAAGCUGAGAAAAAAGAGGAAGCUCAAAAUGAUGACAUGAAUGGAGAAAAAUCCACUGCCGAUUCCGCUACUUUAAUACCCGCCGAUACUACUUCGAAUCAAAUUGCAGCAGAGUUAGUGAAGACCGAGGAAGCGAAGGAGCAGAACGGAAUGGAAGAAGCAAGCGAAAAAGCAAAAGAGGAAGACCAGGAAGAGGAUGAUAGAGUGAUAGACUACAAGAAAAUUAACAAAACCAUAGAUGGAUUGGUUGCCCCUCUACUUGCUGCUGACCUUUCCAAGUCGAUUCUAAAAACGACUGGGCUCAUGAAGAUUAUUAACAUCAUAUUGAAAAAACCCGAGCUACAGACCCCGACCGUGAGAAAGCUGAAUAAGUGGUGGGCAGACAACUUUCACUUCAAGAUCGACGUUGACUAUCGCUGGGGCGAUGACUACACCAUCGAGAUGCAUUUGCAAGAAGAAGAAGAGCGAAAGGAAAGGGAGGAGGAACGGAAACGUAGACGCAAAGAGGAGAGGAAAUCGCAUUCGUUGGCAGCCACUCCGGAUGUAGAAGACACCAGUUUCUCUGUGAAAUCUGAGGCAUGA